AAAUUGAAUCCGGUUGAAAACAAAUAAACAAAUGAAUCCAAAAUUUGAAUAAAAUUCUGCAUGUGUAUAAUUUCCAUACACGAGUCUUUCACAUCUUUCAAAAAAAUUGAACACAAACUUUCUGUGGAUUGACUUUCAGCUCGGAGGAUAUGAUGGAUGAUGAUGUCAUUCCCUACAAGAAGAGAUGCGAGGAUGAGGAGGAUUAUCAUUCCAUCUACAUCGGGGUUCCGGCGCCGCGGAGCUACAGAAGGAAGAGGCGCCGAAGGCGGUCUUUAUCCAGCCGGGACAGAAGCAGUGAGAAUGAGAAGCAUUAUGAAAAGGACGAACAUUCUGAAACCGACGAAGGAGGACGGCUCAGCUACGACAACGACAACUACAACAUCAGCAGAACCAUGUCUCCAGCAGCCGAGCGUCUGAGGUACAUUCUGGGGGACGACGAUGACGCCCCAAAUCCCACCCUCUUCACCGAGAUGGACACCCUACAGCAUGACGGGGAGGAGCUGGAAUGGAAGGAGACGGCCAGGUGGCUGAAGUUUGAGGAGAAGGUUGAAGAAGGAGGAGAACGGUGGAGUAAGCCGCACGUGUCCACGCUGUCCCUUCAUAGCCUCUUCGAGUUGCGGACGUGUCUUCAGACGGGAACCGUGCUGCUGGACUUGGACGGCUAUUCCCUCCCACAGAUUGUCGAUGACAUCAUAGAAAAGCAGGUGGAAGAUGGAUUACUUAAGCCUGACCUCAGAGAGAAACUCAGCUUUGUCCUCCUGAGGAAACACAGACACCAGACCAAGAAACCCAUCCACCGGUCCUUGGCGGACAUCGGGAAGUCUGUCUCCUCCAGUACAAAUCGAAUUCCCGCCCCAAGUGUUCCGGUCGGCGCUCAUCUCCAUCGAUCUACGGAAGAUCUGAGAAUGAGGCAGAGCUCCAGCUACGGAAGAUUACGUCACGCUCAGAGUCGGAGUAUGAACGAUAUCACCGACGCCCCGAGCUCAGACCAGAUGAGAAACAAGUUCAUGAAGAAGAUCCCGCGGGACGCCGAGGCCUCCAAUGUCUUGGUGGGGGAAGUGGACUUCUUGGAUAAACCCUUUGUGGCUUUUGUACGGCUCGUCCAAUCCCUGAUGCUGGGCGGAGUCACCGAGGUUCCGGUUCCCACAAGGUUCAUGUUCAUUCUAUUGGGUCCGAUGGGGAAAGCCAAAUCCUACACCGAGAUUGGCCGGGCGAUGGCGACCCUCAUGGUGGACGAUCUCUUCAGUGACGUCGCCUACAAAGCCCGAGACCGAGAGGAUCUGAUCGCCGGAAUAGACGAGUUCUUAGAUGAAGUCAUCGUCCUUCCCCCUGGAGAGUGGGACCCCACAAUCCGAAUAGAACCCCCCAAAAAGAUCCCGUCCGCUGAUCAGAGGAAAUCCGUUUUCUCGGUGAAUGAAGCCGGACAGAUGAACGGCUCGGCCGGAGGGGUUGGUGGUGGCAGCGGGGGAGGUCCAAGCGAAGAUGACGAGAUGCCCGUCGCCCAUGAGAUCGGAGAAGAACUUUCCUGGACCGGCAGGUUCUGUGGAGGAUUAUAUCUGGACAUGAAGAGGAAGCUCCCCUUUUUCCUCAGUGACUUCUAUGACGGCUUCCACAUCCAAUCCAUCUCUGCCAUUAUCUUCAUCUACCUCGGCUGUAUAACGAACGCCAUCACAUUCGGGGGGCUGCUGGGCGACGCCACAGACAACUAUCAGGGGGUGAUGGAGAGCUUCCUGGGCACAGCAAUGACGGGUUCCGUGUUUUGUUUGUUUGCUGGACAACCUCUCAUCAUCUUGAGCAGCACCGGCCCCAUCCUCAUCUUCGAGAAACUUCUGUUUGAUUUCAGCAAGAGCAAUGACAUAGACUACAUGGAGUUCCGCCUGUGGAUCGGCCUGCACUCCGCCCUGCAGUGCCUCCUGCUGGUCGCCACGGACGCCAGCUUCAUCAUCAAGUACAUUACGCGUUUCACCGAGGAAGGAUUCUCCACCCUCAUCAGCUUCAUCUUCAUCUAUGACGCCAUAAAGAAGAUGAUCGGCUCCUUCAAGUAUUAUCCGAUCAACUCCGACUUCAAGCCCGACCAAGUCACCACCUACCGCUGCGAGUGCGUGGCCCCGGACCCAGGGAACAUCACAACUUUAUUCAAUUCUUCAGCCAUAUUUGCACCAAACAUCACUAACACAACUUUGUCCAAUGUCGUGAAUAAUACAGCCUUGGACUGGAGCCAGCUGAGUACGAAGGAAUGGCUGAAAUAUGGCGGCAGCCUGCUGGGGAACUCCUGCAGUUACGUUCCGGAUUUGGCGCUCAUGUCCUUCAUCCUCUUCUUCGGAACGUACUCCAUGACUCUGACACUGAAGAAGUUCAAGUUCAGCCGCUACUUUCCCACCAAGCUGCGCACCCUGGUGGCUGAUUUUGCCAUAGUCUUCGUCAUCCUCUUCUUCUGUGGUGUGGAUGCCUUUUUUGAACUGGAAACCCCAAAAUUGCAUGUUCCUAAUAAAAUUAAGCCCACGCGCCCGGACCGCGGUUGGUUCGUUUUCCCGUUUGGUAAGAACCCCUGGUGGAUCUAUUUAGCCAGCGCCUUGCCGGCUCUGCUGGUGACGAUUCUCAUCUUCAUGGAUGAACAGAUCACCGCUGUCAUCGUCAACAGGAAGGAGAACAAGCUGAAGAAAGCCUGCGGGUAUCACAUGGACCUCUUCUGGGUCGGGGUUCUGCUGGCCAUUUGCUCCUUCAUGGGUCUUCCUUGGUAUGUGGCGGCGACUGUCAUCUCCAUCGCUCACAUUGACAGCCUGAAGAUGGAGACCGAGACGAGCGCGCCCGGGGAACAGCCGCAGUUCCUGGGAGUCAGAGAACAGCGAGUGACGGGGAUCAUCGUGUUUGUCCUCACCGGGAUCUCCGUCUUCCUGGCGCCCAUCCUGAAGUAUAUUCCGAUGCCGGUUCUGUACGGCGUCUUUCUGUACAUGGGCGUGGCAUCUCUCAAUGGCAUUCAGUUCUGGGAUCGCUGCAAGCUUUUCCUAAUGCCGGCAAAGCACCAGCCUGACUAUGCAUAUCUCCGGCACGUCCCUCUGCGCCGGGUCCAUUUGUUCACCGUUGUUCAAAUCGUCUGCCUGGCCGUUCUCUGGAUACUCAAGUCUACUGUUGCCGCCAUCAUUUUCCCUGUCAUGAUCCUUGGCCUGAUAAUCGUGAGGAAGAUGCUGGAUUGGGUGUUCAGCCAACACGACCUCGCCUGGUUGGAUGACAUUUUACCUGAAAAAGACAAAAAGAAACAAGAAGACAAGAAGAAGAAGAAAGGGAAAGACGAGGUGGAUAGUGAUGAGGACCGAGCCGGCCACCCCGGAGCUGAGCGUUCCGACUCUUCUCCCAACGGGUCAGACAUGGACCGCAGCAUUACUCUACACCUGAAGAUCUCCUGUCCCCCCUCUCCUGCUAUUGGCUACCCCAGGAACCCCCUCAAUGCCGUCCCCCAAGUGAAGAUAGAGAUGGACUCUGAAUAUUCGGACUCUGACAUAGACAAGAACCCCCGAGACCGGGGCAGCGAGACGACUUUAUAGCAUCGGCUUUACUGAGCACAGAGUCACACCUGACCGGCAGGAUGGUCUAUUGUAACCUGGAUCUGGUGUUAGAAAAUGGACCAUUCCUGUGUGUGACCCCAGAAAGGAACACCUACCCGGCAAUGGAACACAAGAAAGAACUUCUACUAUGGACUUCCCAACUCAGAGUGAAAUGAGCUCAUUAUGCAGAAACACGGAACUUCUCUAAUAAUAUCACCAUGACGACAAGCGGCACAAAGUUGGGUGCAUUGUAAAGAUUCAUUCAAGGAACCGAUUCCUUCUAAUCAUGACGUUCUACAACCAUCACCAUGAUUCCAGGGUGGGUGAAGCCCAUCGCCUGACCAACACUUCUGUCUUCUACUCCAUACAUUGGAGUCACCUACCUACCCAGCCAAUGGAGGGAAGGGCUGACUAUCAGGAAAAGGAGAAAGGUGUCUCUUCUAUAUAAGUGACCCGAAUGAUUGGCUGCGUCCCGUCCUUCCACCUACAUUCUAUUCAGAUACACGAUUGGCAUCUCACCAUAGAGAACCUGCAGAGCAUUGAGAUGACUCCAUAGACUGAGAUGACUCCAUAGACCGAGAUGACUCCAUAGACUAAGAUGACUCCAUAGACUGAGAUGAUUUCAUAGACCGAGAUGACUCCAUAGACACACUGAGAUGACUCCAUAGACUGAGAUGACUCCAUAGACUGAGAUGACUCCAUAGACUGAGAUGAUUUCAUAGACCGAGAUGACUCCAUAGACUGAGAUGACUCCAUAGACCGAGAUGACUCCAUAGACAUAUUGAGAUGAUUCCAUAGACUGAGAUGACUCCAUAGACUGAGAUGAUUCCAUAGACUGAGAUGACUCCAUAGACUGAGAUGAUUCCAUAGACUGAGAUGACUCCAUAGACCAAGAUGACUCCAUAGACUGAGAUGACUCCAUAGACUGAGAUGACUCCAUAGACUGAGAUGAUUUCAUAG